UAUAAGCAAACGCAUGGCACAACAUUUCUAACCUACAGUACUACUCUCUCUUUUUCAUAAUUAUAACUGAGCUCAUAUAUAAUUUAGCAGUGUAUUUAUACCAUUGUGCCCACCAUUUCCAUCAUUUCUCUCUCUUCCCUCAUUCUCAUGGCCGACAAAUUCCCUAAGGCCGAAACCUUAACGCAGGAGAAGGAGUUGAGUUCUUGUCCGGAGGGAAUGGGAGUGUUCCAUCCACCUCCCAACAUCUUGGGCUGUCUGAAUUCCACUUCUACAGUAAACGAUGUCGUUCCUGCCACCACUAUGAUCAAGAAGCAGCUGCUCCCUCAACACACUAAUUCUAUGCCUGGAUUCAUCAAUCAUGAUGCCCCUAUGAGUUUUCUUGAAUUCUCCAACCCUUCUCCAUCUCUCUACUCAAGAUUCUCGGCCCUGACAAGGGCAGAAGACCCUUUUCACUGCAGCAAAGCUGAUCACAGCAACUCUGGAAACCCUUUAUCCUCCAUGCCUCAAUUACUUGAACAAAACCAGCUGAAUAAGCUCAACCACACCCUCACAAACCAAUAUCCCUCAAAAGGGUUCGUGACGAUGAGCACUCAUCAUGAUCACUGCCUCAGCACAACCAAAACUCGGCAGAUGAAGCUUUCGGGCCGACGAAGCUGUAACCACAACAGCCCGCAGAAAUCUCCUUCAUCGUAUUCAUCACAAGGGAAGCUCUCCCGAGGGGUACGGCAGCGACACUGGGGCAAAUGGGUGGCGGAAAUUCGGUUGCCGCGGAACCGGACCAGAGUGUGGCUGGGAACUUUCGACACAGCAGAAGACGCUGCUUUCGCUUAUGACACAGCUGCUUAUAUACUAAGAGGUGAUUACGCACACCUGAAUUUCCCCCAUCUCAAGCACCAGAUCAAGGCCAGUUCGAUGAGCAAUAACACCGCCGCCCUUCUUGACGCCAAGUUGAAAGCUAUUUCACAAGGAAUUGUAGCUCAAAAGAAGGUUGCUGAUUCUAAAUCUUCGUCAUCAGAGCCGAAAAGUCUGAGCCCAAAAACAGCUAAAAAGGAGUGGGGAUUGGAAGUUAGUCAUGAGAUGAAGAAAAGCUCGGAAGGGACAUUGGUGUCGGAUGCCGAUGCAGUCCAGUUAAGCAGAAUGCCUUCUCUGGACAUGGACGUAAUUUGGGAUGCACUGUUAGUCUCGGAUUAAUGAUCAUAUUAUCUGCAUCUUUUUUACAGGACCACUUCAUAUCUAUCUAUCUAUUUACAUAUAUGUAUGCAUGUUGAUGUCUUGAUAAUGUAACUUUCUAUUGUGUAUUAAUUAGAGUAUAACAAUUAUAUCAAAGGUGUAGUUUUCAACGCCAAAAUUCUUACCCAGAUCAA